AUGGGGAAAUUGUCGUUUGCCUCUUUCGUUUUACAGCUGCCAGUCUCUUUGCCGCCACCGCCGCCACCGCCUUGGUCAUCAUCACAGUCGCCGCCGCCCCCGCUUCCGUCAUCAUCACAGUCAUUGCCGCCCCCGCUUCCAUCAUCAUCACAGUCGUCGUCAUAUUUAUCAUCCAUCUCUACCUCAUCAAGAACCAAUUACGAAGUGUUCUUGAGUUUUAGAGGUCCCGAUACUCGCAGGGGAUUUGCAAAUUUUCUCUACACUAGCCUGAUUAAUGCAAGGAUCAUUGUCUUUAGGGACGAUAAUGAACUUGAUCCUGGAGAAAAUAUCCCUGAUGCAUUGGUUCAAUCCAUAAAGCAAUCCAGGAUAUCAAUACCUAUUAUCUCCAAGGAUUAUGCAUCCAGUAAGAGUUGUCUCAUGGAAUUGGCACAAAUGGUGGAAUGCAAGGAAGCAGACGCUCAACUGAUCAUACCCAUUUUCUAUGAUAUUAGCCCUGCUGAUUUAACAUACCGACGUGGAUGUGUUGGGAAGUCCUUCCGUAAGCACAAGCGCAGGGGAAUUGACCGCGAAGUCAUUAAAAAAUGGAAGGAGGCUCUCGAAAAGAUUGCUGCUAUCAAGGGCCAUGAUCUGCGGAAUACAGAAAUUGGUUACGGUGCACUCAUAGAGGAAGUUGUUUCGGAUAUUCUAGAGUGGUUGAAGAAGAAUGAUUUAGAUGUGACUGACGGUUUAGUGGGAAUGAAACCUCACGUACGGGAGGUUAUGAAAAAGCUUGGUGUCAUCUAUGUCAAUGAGCAGGCAACCGGAGUAUAUGACAAAGAUGUACGUGUACUUGGGAUAUACGGCACGCCAGGGAUUGGCAAGACUACCGUUGCAAAGGUUGUGUACAACAAAAUCCAUCAUCUCUUUCAACGUUGUAGUUUUCUUUCCAAUGUUCGAGAAAAUGGUGCAUCCGAUGGACUCAUCGUGGGCCUACAAGAACAGUUAAUCUCAGACCUCCGGAGGAAAGUACGUAGAAGGCUUGGAACUCUUGACCAAUUGACUAAUGUCCUAAAAAGUUCAUUUAGCGAAAUGAAAGUUCUCAUUCUCCUUGAUGAUGUGCAUCAUUUUGACCAAAUCAAGCAUUUAGUUGGGGAUCUAAGUUGGUUUGGCCCAGGAAGCAGGAUUCUCAUGACAGUUGGAAAUAUUAAUGUUCUUGAUGGUUACGGAAAUGGAGUGGCUGACAAGUAUGAGGUUGGAGAAAUGGGGCCUUGUCAAGCUCUUAAACUUUUCCGCAUGCAUGCUUUUUGUGAGUAUACUCACGAAGAGGAGGAUGAGUAUGAUUCUCUGUCCAAAGUCAUUGUUGACAUUAUUGGAGGUAUCCCUUUGGCUAUUGAAGUAACAGCUUCAUACUUGCGUAAGUAUAAGGGGAACAGACAAAUAUGGCAAAAUACAUUGGAUAGCUUAAGAAGGAAGCCAGAAGAUAAAGUCCAAGAAGUGAUCGAUAUAAGCUAUGGCUCUCUAAAUGAAGAGACGAGAAAGAUAUUUCUUGAUAUAGCAUGUUUUUUCAUUGGAACGGAUGAGAGAAUUCCCUCAUACAUGUGGUGUGCAUGUAAAUGUGAUCCAAGAGGAAUCAUGAUUCUCCGUGACAUGGGUUUGGUCAAAAUAGGAGAAAACAAUGAAAUAUGGAUGCACAGUCAACUGAGAGAGUUUGGCAGGGAAAUUGUUAGGAAGGAAAAUCCUGACGAACCUCAAAAUCGCAGUAGGUUAUGGAAUCACUUUGAUGCACUUUCCAUGCUUAAUGGAAAUCAGAGUCCUAGUAAGGUGGAAGCCCUUGGUCUCACAUUUGAUGAGGGACAAAGUGAAUGUUUAAGAUGUGAAAGAUUUAGCCAGCUAGGGUGCUUGAGGUUAUGGAGAUUGGACCCGGCCACUGUUGGAGGGAGUUCUCAAAAUAUUCUUUCAAAUUUAAGGUGGCUUGAUUGGCAAGGGUGCAGCCAGAUCUCUGAACUACUUAUUUUCCAUUUGGAGAAACUGGUCAUUCUUGAUCUAUCUCGCAGUCAGGUCACUGGAGAUUCACAAGAAUGGGGCCAAAUCAUGAAGAAGGCAAAGGAAUUGAAAGUUUUGAACCUCAGUAGCUGUCGUAACCUGAAUGCUUUUCCAGACUUCAGUGCUUCGAUAUACUUAGAGAGAUUAGUCCUGGAACGUUGUUUUGUACCAUCCCAAGUUGGUCCAUUGAUAGGUAAUCUAAAGAACUUAGUCUCCUUAAAUCUUAAGUUCUGCACAAUCGUCAGCGACUUGCCGCAAGAACUGUGUUGUAUGAAGGAUUUGGAAGAACUUCUGAUUGAUGGAACUUCCAUUAAAAGGAUUGAUUUCGAACCAGCCUCCAUGAAGAAACUUAAGAUUCUGAGCGCUUGCCAAUGUGGAAGUUUGGCUCAUGUAUCACCCUCUAUUGGUCACUUGGAAUCUCUUGAGCAUCUUCGACUGGAUGGUGCCGCUAUUGAAGGACUACCAGAUUCUAUUAAGUCCUUAAAGAAACUUCGGAGCCUGCUUCUUGGAAAUUGUCAGAAUUUACUUGAGCUUCCUGGUUCCGUUGGGAAUCUUGAGUCACUGGAAGUCAUGGAUCUAUCCAGCACCAAGAUUGCUAGUUUACCUAGGUCCGUUAAGCAUUUGAAAAAUUUGAAAGUGCUGAAGAUGGAGAAUACUCACUUAGAAAAAUUCCCCAAAGAUAUAAAAAAUCUAGAAAAGCUGGAAGAGAUAGAUCUUUCAAAAUGCUGGAAUCUGAAGGGGUGGAUUCUCUGUGAUGUCAGAGGAUUAUCCUCUUUGAAAAUCUUGAGAUUAUCAUCUACCAGGAUUUCUGGCCUACCUUGGACCCUUUCAUUGCUCUCUGAUCUCCAACAACUAGAUUUAAGUGAAUGUGACCAACUUUGGGAUUUGCAAAGACUUCCAUCAAGUUUAAGUAUUCUUCGCUGGGGAUCCAAAAAAAUGUGGACGGUGCCAGACCUUUCUUUCAUGGGAAACUUGAAAGAGCUGUACUUGAGUGAUAACUUUGAUUCUACUGAUCCAACGCAGAGUUCUUCCUCUUCCUCUGAGCCACCACAAAUUGGAUGGUUAACAAUACUAGCGAAUCUAGAAAUCUUGGAGUUGUGCCUCUCAAACAUCACCAGGCUACCUGAACAUUUUAGUAAACUUCAACUUAGAAAACUUGUUUUGCACUAUGCAAACUUGCGUGACCUUGGAGAGCUACCCUCUUGCUUAUCGGUAUUGUGCCUUCAGGACUGCACGAUUCGACAUUCACAAUUUUCUACGGUGAGAGGUCUAUCUGAAUUAGAACUCAAACACUGUCGCUUGGCAUGGACCAUCGGUCUUAAAGAUUUGAGGCGACUGGAACUUCUGAAAAUAUCUGACUGCAAUGUGCGAACACUUGAUGGGCUGGAAAAUUUGCCUUGUUUUAGAAGGCUCACUCUAGACGAGUGCCCUUCAUUGACCGGAUUACCUGAUCGAACAAAUCGUACAUUCGAAAUCGAUGGGUACAAUUUCGCAGAAGAACAAAUAGUCGGCAGUUGUGUUGCUCACACCUAGCUAUGGUCAGAAUAUUGUGUAAAUGCUUCGAUAAUGAUUCCGACUUAUGAGUGAAGAUCUUGCUGCACAAUGGAUAUUCGGUCUACCUUCAAUAAAAAGUUGGAGGCUUUUCUGAAAGAUAAAUAUUGCUACUCUUUGCUUUCCUCGACUUGAACAUCUGUACAACUCC